AUGCGUCCCUCUAUCAUCACCCUCCGCAGAGUACCACGAGGAUUGAACCGUCGUAUAGCGGGCGUAACGACUGCUAUCUUUCUCAGGAGUUACAGCACCGAACAGCCAGCCUUGGUCGCUCACAAACUACCCCCUCGUCAACUCCCUCCUUCCCGCCCUCCUCGUUCACGAACCGAAGUAGCCCUCGCCAGCGACAGCAAACCCACAUCUCUCGUCGAAUAUGCCCUAACCACCGCCGACGCCCUAGCCAACUGGGCCCGCCAAGGCUCCCUCUGGCCUCUCUCCUUCGGCCUCGCCUGCUGCGCCAUCGAAAUGAUGCACCUCUCCAUGCCACGCUACGACAACGACCGCCACGGCAUCAUCUUCCGCGCCUCGCCGCGUCAAGCCGACGUCAUGAUCGUCGCGGGGACAGUAACCAACAAGAUGGGCCCCGCGCUACGGGUGUGUUAUGAUCAGAUGCCGGAGCCGAGGUGGGUGAUUAGUAUGGGGAGUUGUGCGAAUGGGGGCGGGUAUUAUCAUUAUAGUUAUUCGGUGGUCAGGGGGGUCGAUCGGUUGGUGCCUGUGGAUGUGUUUGUGCCCGGGUGUCCGCCGACUGCGGAGGCGUUGCAGUAUGCGAUUUUUCAGUUGCAGAGGAAGAUUAGGAGGUCGAAGGUCACGAGGAUGUGGUAUCGGAAGUAG